GGCAGGCGCGCAGGUGGGAGCCUGCGGGUGUCUGACGAGGAGGCGGCGACUCUGAACGGGGCUGGAGCGGACACGCGGGCAGCCGGGGGGACGAGGAGGAAGGCCCCUGGUCCGGAGAAGAAGCGGGGAAAGUAGCGCUUUGGAGCAUUACCGCUAACGCAGAGCGGCCGGCAGGUGGCCUGGGGAGUCAGGAAGGUGGCGCGGCAGGCAGGGCCUGUGUUCCGUGCGCAAGGGUGGAGUUUGUGCGCGAGACCCUGGCGGCGCAGGAGGUUUUCGGAAGCGGCGUGGGCUGUGGUCCUGUUUGUGUUUUGUCGGGGGAAUAGGAGUUGGGCCGGAGGGCUCAGGGUUGCGGGGAAGACCGGUGAGAAGCUGUUGUGAUAAUCCAGGCCGCAGGAGGUGACGCUCUGUAGGAACAAAAAGGAGAACUGGAGGGAGGGAGAGGAUCUUCCCUGGACUACGAAGACCCCGCUUACCGGCUCCCGGCUUGGGCGCCUGAGCCGCUGGUGACAUUACUGGCCAGAAUAGGAAGUCUAGAAGGAAGAGCAGGCUUAUGUGGAAGAUAAUACGGUCACGCCGAGGGGGAGACAUAGAGGGACCGCCCAGAAGAGGGGCUUCUGGAAAUAAACACCUGUUUGAAAUGUAGUGCAAACUGUGGUCGUGGGGGGGUCACCAUUUGUUCAGUAAAUUUAAAGGUUUCUCUGUGCAAGGAAGGUAGGGGACUAGGUGCGGGGGUUGGACCCUGAGCAAGACAGAUGUGGGUCAGGCGUUCAUGGAGCCUCUUCCCUGGCAGACGAGACAGGCACUAAUGCACACCUAUUUUAUUAUGGUUGGGGUAAGGGCUCGGGAGAGGCACAGGUUCUAGGAAUCUGUGGGAUGGGCUGGGUGAUUGUGCCCCGGGCUGAGGCAACAGAACCUUCACCAGAGGAAUAUUCACCAGAGGAAUACAGAGUGUAAUGCAGUGUGGGCUGUGUUCUGCAGAAUGAGAGAUGUGGGAGGGGCGGCCAGUUGGUUGCAGCACUCCAGGCAGAAGCAACAAAAUAGGUGGUUGGAGAUGACAGUUUCCAGGACCCGGAAGAUCCACCGAGCUGGAGUGCAGAGAGCCAGAGAAAGGAGAAGCUUCAAGAGGUGAUUAUCAGGAAAAGUACCUCAAGACCAGACAUCAGAUCUUCCAGUUUUCAGAAGACCGUGCAGUCUUCUCGAGUAAUGAAGAACGAGGCAUGUUGUCCCGGGGUUCUGCAGUGAAGCUGACCCAGUGAGAAACAGCGAAGUCCAGUUAGAAUAGCAGCAGUAGUCAUGGGACGCUGAAACAAAGCUCUGGACCAGUGGUGUUGGCUUUCCUGCUGCUUCUGUGCCCCACACGUACACGUAGGUCACCUCGGAAGAACACGGCCUCCAGUUUAUGGCAUUUCCUCACUGUGGCCAAAGGAGUGCCGUGUGCUGCGUGACGCAGGAUGAGUGGAAACUAGAUGUGGCUGCAGACAGCUUCUUACCAAACCCAGACUCUUUCCUCAAGGAGCCCAUGAGGAGCGCAGUGGACAGGAAGAAGCUGGAGCAGCUGUACGACAGGUACAGAGACCCACAAGAUGAAAAUAAAAUUGGAAUUGACGGGAUUCAACAGUUUUGUGAUGACUUAAACCUAGAUCCUGCCAGUGUCAGCGUUUUGGUUAUAGCGUGGAAGUUCAGGGCAGCGACGCAAUGUGAAUUUAGCAAAAAGGAAUUUGUAGAUGGCAUGACAGAGCUUGGGUGUGACAGCACGGAGAAGCUGAGAGCCCUUCUGCCGAGACUAGAGCAGGAGCUGAAGGACACGGUGAAGUUUAAGGAUUUUUAUCAGUUUACCUUUACCUUCGCUAAGAACCCCGGGCAGAAGGGUUUAGAUUUAGAAAUGGCUGUUGCAUACUGGAAUUUAGUAUUAUCUGGAAGGUUUAAAUUUUUAGAUCUUUGGAACACCUUCUUACUGGAGCAUCACAAAAGAUCAAUCCCAAGGGACACUUGGAACCUUCUGCUAGAUUUUGGAAAUAUGAUUGCAGAUGAUAUGUCUAACUAUGACGAAGAAGGAGCAUGGCCUGUUCUCAUAGAUGAUUUCGUGGAGUACGCACGGCCAGUCGUUACGGGCGCUAAGUGCAGCCCUUUCUAGGCAGGAAAUUAAGAU